CCUGCUGCCUGCAUGCAUUAGUCAUGGUCAGGGUUGCUGUCAGUUUUGACGUUUCUCGUAUUUUCUAAUUCGCCAAAAUAACUUUCUAGUAUCUGUUUUUAUUUAAAAAUUAUAAAUAAAAUACUUGCAACCCGGUGGAAACGUUUUUGACUAAAGAAUCGCGUGUGCGUUGUAGCUUUAAUUAGGUAUAAAAAUGGAUAAAAUCAAUAUCGAGAACGAUCUGCAGGAGGAAAGCCAGUUUGUUGUUGAUGAUGUGAGCAAGAUUAUCAAGGAUGCUAUUGAGUCGGUGAUUGGAGGCAAUGCAUAUCACCAAAACAAAGUGAAUACAUGGACCACUGGGGUGGUCGAAGCUUGUACAUCCAAACUCACAGAACUGCAAAAGCCAUACAAAUAUAUUGUGACUUGUACUAUUAUGCAGAAGAACGGCGCUGGCCUACACACAGCCAGCUCAUGCUACUGGGACAACAAUACUGAUGGCAGUUGCACUGUACGUUGGGAGAAUAGAACCAUGUUCUGCAUUGUUUCAGUAUAUGGAUUAGCAAUUUAAAUGGCAAAACACUGAUCAGUAUAAGAAUCAAAUAGGCUUGAAUUUGUUUGCAUUUUUAUGGUUUGUGAAAGCAAACUUUUUAAUUUCUUAAAUGCACCAAUGUUUAUAAAUAAUU